AUGCAGCAUGACGAGGUUAUAUGGCAAGUCAUCAGACACAAACACUGCAGUUACAUGGCCAAAAUCGAAACAGGAAUCUUCUGUAGAAACCCUUACAACGUAACAGGAAUCUGCAACCGUAGCUCUUGUCCUCUCGCUAACAGCCGUUAUGCCACCAUUAGAGACCACGAUGGUGUUUUUUAUUUGUAUAUGAAGACAAUAGAGAGAGCCCAUAUGCCUAAGGACUUAUGGGAGAGGGUUAAGUUACCAAGAAACUAUGAGAAGGCUCUUGAAACCAUUGACAAGCACUUGUUGUAUUGGCCUAAGUUGUUACAGCACAAGAUCAAACAAAGAUUGACGAAAAUGACUCAGAUGCGUAUUCGGAUGAGGAAGCUUGCUCUCAAAACAAGGGAGAAGAUUAUGACUACUCCUAGGAGGGAUAUUAAGAGGGAAUCAAGAAGAGAGGAGAAGGCUAUUAAAGCAGCUGUGUUGGAUAAGGCUAUUGAGACUGAGUUGCUGGAGCGUUUGAAGAAAGGUAUUUAUGGUGAUAUAUACAAUUACCCUGAGCUUGAGUGGAACAAGGUUCUUGAUGAAGAAAAGCAAGUGGCUGAGAAUGUUGAGGAAGAAGAAGAGGAGGAACCAGAGAUUGAAUAUGUUGAAGGCUAUGAAGAACUUGAGGAAGAGGAAGAUAUGGAAGAUUUCUCUGGUUUUCCAUCUAAUGUGUCUGGCUAUGAUGAUAAUGAACAUGAUUCAGAUGAUGAGGAGGAAGAUGAUGAGGAGCAAGUUGUGAUUCAUAAAAAAGGAAAAAGAGAUUCAAGAAAGUCUGAUGAUGUUGGAAAAUCAAAGAAGAAGAAGAGAGUUGUUGUUGAGGUUGAGCAAGAAGAUGGAGACGUGAGACGAACUCUGUUAACCUCAAGCCGAGCUUAGAGGCCACCUGAAGCUUGCUGAAGAAAAGGAGCUUUUUUUGUUUUGUUAUGUUACAAAAGCCGAAAGGUUUCUUCUUGACAGUGUUACUGUUGAAAGCCAAUGCUGUAGAAGUUAAUUUUGUUCUGACGUUUGAAUAUUUAUUAUGUACUUUGUUGAAGUCAUGCAUUUACUUUGAUAUAGAACUGAAAUACUCAUCACAUAAGAUGGAAUCACAGAGUUAUGUCCUUGGCUCUUUUGUUUUUUUUUCUGAUGUU